AUGGAGGAUGCAGCCAACAUCCCGCUUCCCUCUGCUCUCGAAGGAACUGUAAACGCCGAGGUCUACUCCAAACUACACUAUGCAACUUCACUGCAUUCAUUUGUUGACGAUAAUAUCAACCGACACAGCACUAGGGCGUACGACGAGCUUUAUGAUCGCAGCAACGCACCGUCUCGCCAUGAUGAGGUCACGCUUCAAGAUUUCCCGCUUCCUGCAACAUCUCAAGCUCGGCCCAGUGGUAGAGAUACGCCCAAUCCCACGAGAGAUGUAGAAAUAGACAACAUAUCAUACCACAAUGCUACCGGUUCUACUUUUGAACAACCGGAGCCAAUCGAGGAUCUGCGCCGAAAGCUAGCGGAAUACGAAUUGCCGCUAUUGCAGCAGAUAAAUGAGAAUACCAACGAUGCAACUUGGGAUCCAAUCAACGAUGAUGGCGAGGGCGAAGCGCAACAUGGUUCUUAUGAUCUUAUUGCACCAUAUCAAGCAGACUCAGCACCACUUCAUUCGUUGGAAAAGCAAGCAGAGCUGAUGUUCUCGACGGCGCAUAUGCUCACAAUCCUGUCAAACCCUCGCUAUCUCUUUAAGUUUCGAGAAUUCCUCACUAGCGAGCGUCCUGGAUCAUUGCCAGUGUUGAUGUACUAUCUGAGCGCAUGCAAGGCCUUGAAAGCAAUUGACUACUCCAAUGCCGUUGCACAGUUGUUAAUGCCUCUUCCUGAAGUCGAAGCCUCAAGCGAAUACAUCCCACAUACGCAAAAUCCAAAACUAGAACAACAAGCGCAAAACGCACUCCAAGCGCUGGUUAAAGACGAAAUUCCUGCUUUUAUCACAUCAAAUUGUGUUUCUUUGGUCUCUAAUGUUGUCGAGGAACGGAUCAAGGGUACUCUGCCGCCAAAAUUUCAGGGCACAGCCGAUGCCCUGGCCGAAGUUUUUUGUUUGACAGAUCCUUCUAGACCGGACAAUCCUAUUAUCUUUGCAUCAGAGGAAUUUCACCGCACCACUCAGUACGGGAUGGACUAUGUAUUAGGACGCAACUGUCGGUUCUUGCAAGGUCCGAAGACAAACAGGAAUAGUAUUGACAUCAGCGGCCUUAUUAUGGACGAUGCUCGCAUGGACUCAAUGAAGGAACUCGCCACUAGAAAGACAUCUACACCAAAUAGCCAACAUUUUGAGACGGCAAAAACUAACGGCCAAACGCCUCUCAACAAUUCCCAUCACAUAAAAGAGCGGAUAUCCUUAGAAACCCCGAAGAAAGCAGGUGAGGCACGCAAUAACCUAAUGGAGUUCGCCGAGCUGCUCAGCCCGGGAGAAUUGUCAAUGAUUCGAGAGCAUGGAGGAUCUCUUUUCGAACCCGUGGUUCCUCGUCGUGACAAACCAUACAUGGGCCAUCUACGGCCGAGGAUUAUGCUGAAACAGUCAAGAACUCUGUCUCAUGACAAGAUCCGUCAAAUUGGCAAGCAACCAAAUUUGCCCGGUGUAUAUGAUCAUUAUCUCCUCGUCCGACCAUACCCCUCGCUACGCAUCCUUUUCACAUCGCCUUCCCUACGUAUCCCCGGUAUUCUACAGUCCUCAUUCUUUUCGAAAGUGGGCGGCUCGCCUGCAGUGCGCGAUGAAUUACUUCGGUCAUUUAUAGAUGGCCGCAGCGUGACAGCGCGAAUCCAGUGGCUUAACCGUUUCGAUAGUCAUGGACGAAGCAGAUGGGUACACUGUACGCCCCUGUUAGCACAUAAUGGUGGAAUUGGCGUGUGGAUGGUUGUCAUUGUUGACGACGACGUCGACGAGCCAGGAGCGAACUGGAGGCAGCCUAUCAUGGAGUAG